AUGGUGCGCGAGGCAGAGGAGUUCAUGGAGGAGGAUCGCAAGGUCAAGGAGCUGGUCGACGCCCGGAACAAGCUCGAGACAUACGUGUACGACAUUAAGAACACGCUCGACGGCAAGAUGGCCGACGCCAUGGAAGGAGAUGAAAAGGAGAAGGUCCAGGAUGCAGUGAGGGAGGUGAACGAGUGGCUCGACGACAACCCGGAGGCGGAGAAGGAGGACUACGAUGAGAAGCUCCGGGAGCUUGAAGACGUGUGCAACCCUGUCAUCUCGGCGCUCUACCAGAGGUCUGGAGGUGCACCGGAUGAUAACAACACCGGAGAGGACGAUCAUGAUGAACUCUAG